CUCCUCCUCCACCUCCUUCUUCUUCUUCUUCUGAAUCUUAACAAUCCAACGCCUCCCAACUCAAACGUCGUCCUCGUCUUCUUCAAUGGAACCAACCAUAAAAGCCCUAUUCCCUCCUAUUCUCUUUCUGUUUUUCUUCCUCAAUAUCCAUCCUUCUGUACAGAAUCCGUCACCUUCCACCAUCUCCGGCGACCGCCAUCACCGAGCAUUACGCAGACUCGAAACUCUCAAAGCUUCUCACAUCAGACAACUCAGUGCUUCGUCUCCUUCUCCGUCACCGUCGCCACCACCGUCGGGUUCAAAUGUUCCACGGGUAUAUCUAGCGACGUCGUACGGGGCGGAUCCGACGGGGAAGGUGGACAGUACAGAAGCUCUUCUUGCAGCGAUGGCGGAUGCGGCGAAGGGUAACAGUGAAGGGUUCUUGUUGGACGGCAUUGCUAAUCUUGGAGGCGCACAGCUUAAUCUUCAGGGCGGGAACUACUUGAUCAGCAGGCCCCUCCGGCUGCCGGUCGCCGGCGUCGGAAACUUCAUGAUGCAUGGUGGGACCCUACGAGCCUCCGACAGCUUUCCAUCAGAUGGGUACCUCAUUGAUUUAUCAACCAGCAAUGGAAAUGAUAAGACUACCCCUUCUUCAUCUUACAAUUACGAGUUCAUCACCUUCAAGGACAUUCUCUUGGAUUCCAACUUCCAUGGAGGAGGCAUCUCAGUGAUCAACUCUCUCAGAAUCGGCAUUGACAACUGCUACGUCACCCACUUCACCACCAACGGAAUCCUCGUCCAAGGCGGCCAUGAAACCUACAUCAGAAACUCCUUCAUCGGCCAACACAUCACCGCCGGCGGCGACAAAGGCGAAAGGAACUUCACCGGCACAGGAAUCAACCUCCAGGGCAACGACAACGCCGUCACCGACGUCGUCAUCUUCUCCGCUGCCAUCGGAAUAAUGGUCUCCGGUCAGGCCAACAUAAUCUCCGGCGUGCAUUGCUAUAACAAAGCCACUGGCUUCGGAGGCACAGGGAUUUAUCUCAAACUUGCUGGGUUAACACAAACUAGGGUUUUAAAUUCUUACAUGGAUUACACCAGUAUAGUUGCAGAAGACCCAGUUCAGCUUCAUAUUUCUGGUACUUUCUUCCUCGGAGAUGCCAAUGUUGUCCUAAAAUCGGUCAACGGAGUAGUCAAUGGAGUAACCAUCGUUGACAAUAUGUUUGCUGGGUCUGACAAAGGGGUUGAAAACGUUCAUCUGGAUGAGUCGAGUGGGAAUAAUUUUAAGCAAGUUGAUCAGGUUGUGGUGGACAGGAACGUUGUGAAGGGGAUGAACCUGAAGAGUACUGUGGCGAAGAAGACAGUGCAAGCGAAUGGGACUUCAUUAAUGGCGGAUUUUAAUGAUGUUUUGCUUUUCCCUAACCUUAUCAAACAUGUUCAGUAUUCAUUGAGCUUCGAAGGCGACACUUUCCCAAGUUAUGUUCUGAGGAAUGUGUCUGAUAAUAGUGUGGUGAUUCAGACAAGUGAAGCGGUAGUGUCUGCAAGUUUAUACGUUGCUGUGGAUCAAAGCAUAUAAUUGAAAGUUGCAAGCUUUUGGCCUUGUGAUAUUGAAGAGGAGAGAACUGCACAAAGAGUUCUUAAUUAAUUAAUUGCCUAAAGUAAUUUGUUUUAUAAGGUUUUAGAUUUAAAUGCUUUAUAGGAUACCAUUAUUUUUAAUCAGCUUGGCUAGUAAAAUUCCACCAAGACUGAUUCAAUUUGGAAAU